AGAUGUUGCUCAUGGUCAAUAACCGAGCGUUCCAGCAAGCAACAACCCUCCCAAGACCGAAGCUCGGCUACGCUUUACCGCUUCCUACCACCAUCUCGGGCGCCUCUAUGCAGCACAAGGAGGGGAGAAAGAAGUUGCUUAAGCCAGGAGGAGAAUAAAGGGAUAAACCCACUGUCGAAGUCUCUACGGGAGUUUCUGAGAAAGAAAUUAAUUUCAGAAAGACCAGGAGAUUUCUCCAGAGAGCUGCAAUUCUCCCUCGUGGCUCUCAUCAAGUACUAACGUACGCCCACCCCCCCCCCCCCGCAUUCUCUCUGUGAGUGGCACGGUCCAAGUGUGCGUCUGACAAACCCUUCCGGCAGGGAGAGCCGCCACUGCAUGCUCGCACUGGCCUGUAAGGAGGGUGCUGGGAGGCGCCAUGGCCUUGCCAGGUGGAAAUAAGGAUAACAUCAGAGCAGGAUGCAAGAAAUGUGGCUACCCUGGUCAUCUGACAUUUGAAUGUCGAAACUUCCUCCGAGUAGAUCCUCAAAGAGAUAUUGUUUUAGAUGUUAGCAGCACUAGCAGUGAAGACAGUGAGGAAGAGGAACUACAGAGAUUGCAAGCCAUUCGUGAAAAAAAAAAUUUAAAUGAGGAGGAAGAAAAAAAGAAACAAAAAAAAAAAAGCAAAGAAAAAACAAAGAGACCAAGGAAAAGAUCUUCCUCAUCAAGUGCUGCUGAAGAGGAUGGACCAAAGUCAAAAAAACAAAAAUCACACAAAAAAGAGAGGGAAAAGGAAAAAAAGAAUAAAUCGAAGAAAGGAAAAAAUAAAAAGGAGAAAAAGAAGAGAAGAAAGGAAAAAAGUUCAUCAUCUGAUAAUUCAGACAAUUCUAGUAGUGACUGAGGUGCUGGUCUAUUUUUGCAUUCACUUCUGCAGAGAUGAUUUUGCUUUCAAUUUAGACUUAUCUAUACUUUGCAUUCAUGUUGCUUUAAAAUGAAAGACAUAUAUUUUUAAGAAAUUGAUUUGCAAAUGUCAGUGUUUGAAGUUAUUAAAUGUACCAUUUGGGGAAAAAAUCUGCUCUUCUAUUUUGAGUAUAUUAGUAUUAAACCUGGCAAGUUUAAAUAGUUUUUCACUCAUACUUAGUUCAGCUGUGGUUAGUUGUGUUUGGAAUCCUUUACACUAGGAUAUGGUGAACUUCAUCUUGAAGAUAUUUCUGUAGAAACAUUUGAAAUGCAAUAUUCAUAUGUCAGACUUAUUAAAUAAAAUUUGGAAAUCAAAGUGAUUUUUUUCAUUGAGAUUAAGAUAACAUUUAAUGUUAUCUUUUAAAUGUGUGUUUUGCAUAACAUUUUCCAUUUGCAUACAUUCAUCAGUAAGUGCAAGUACGAAAUGGUGUUUGAAUCCAGAGGACGGAGAGAAUGGACAGUGAGAAGCUAAAACAGAUUGUUCUUCAAAAUUAUCUCCUAAAAUCAAACUAGCCAUGGCCUGCGAAACACAAUUACACAUUCUUUUGUCAGAAUCACUGUGAGCAAGCUCAAAUCAAACAAAAGCUCUUAAUUUUCCAAAGUGCUUGCUUUCUGCCUAGUUUUUAUUCUUUUACAGUUGUGGCCAUUUCAUCUGUGACAUAGCUAUAAAGUACCACUUCCUAACAGUAGGUGAUUGUACAGCAAGAUCUAAGAACCAUGUUAAUACAAUGUGUGUCGAUUAAUGCCUACAUGAACCAAAACAGGAAAUUCUAAGACUGGAAAUUGACAAGAAUGUGAAGCCUCUAUUCAUUGUAAUAAAACUGCCAUUGAAAAUGUGAAAGGAAUAUCUACCAUUUGCUCUUGGGUGCAAUGCUAAGCAUGUCAGAAUUUUAUGACUGGAUUCUGGAAUAUCCAAUUUGUAACUUGUGCUAUGGUAGGGUACAGGUUCACUCAGCUUUUGAGUUGAGCAGAUUUUAGGUAUAUAAUCCUAUCCCAGAAAUAUCUAAACCUCACAGUGCCUCUGUUCACAGCUUCUUCAAAAUGUUCUUUGUGGGAUUUUUUUUUUCUUCAGCACAGAACUACUUCCAUCAAAGCAACUUGGCAUACAGCUGCAAUGUCAAGCCUGAUGGGAAUCAAAAUACAAGGAUGAGUAACACCUAGACUUUCUUAAUAUCCAUUACCUAUGUUUUCUACAGUAGCUUAAAGCAUUGAGUCAGUACAAAAUGUUUUAUGAUAUUUUAAUGAUUACUGCAUUUGGCCUGAAAGCGAGUUACCUUAAUCUAACUGUCUUUUAAACUUUAUGACUCAGACCAAUAACUUUAUUAUUGGGCAACUCCUGCUGUAGAUGCUGUGCUAAGGGAGCAUUAAAGAUCAAAAUACUCAUGGAAGCAGCAGAGCAAAAAAGAAGUAAUCUGUAACCUUCUGUGUAAAACUCUUAGUAGAGGAUAGUAGAAGUCCUUGCAUCUGCUCUUUUUCAUACUGCGUUUGGUCCAAGGUAAUUUUUUCAUGUCAUAUAUCCUGUUUUCUGGGAUGAUAACUUAAGAGAGACUGGACUGCUUAAUUAGCUGAUACCUGUGCAUAGUAUAAUGAACAUUUCUUUCAUAACUACUUAACAGAGUCUACCAUGCUGUUCUCCUAGUCUCCUUAUUGUUGCUGUGGCUGUUAGAGUAAAUUUUUUAUUAAGUUAAUUCUACAAGCCUGUAGAGACCAACAGGGGAUUUGUGGGAUAAAGCCAGUUCUAUUGCCAAAGGGAAAACCGAAUCAAGCCACAACAAUUACAAUGCAACUCGUUGUCUUUUUUGUUUGUUUGGUUAGGUUUAUUUAUCCCUAAAAUAUUUCUCACUAAAUGAGAUUGGAAGUGUUACUGGAAUUAAGGGAAUUCAAAGCUUGUAUGUAAUUCUCCCAUGAUCUUCCAGUGAUGUCCCAGUGACCCCGUGAUGCCAGCUCUGGCAAAUGGGGACGUUGUACUUUGUUUCUUGAUUUUUGAAACCAUCUGAAGACAAGUAACUGAAAGAAAAUGUUACUGAGUUUUCUGUGCCAGAAUGACACAGAAAUGAAUGAAUCCUUUAUUAGAGUGAGUAUAUCUCUAUGCAUAAACAUAAUUUAACCAUCAAAGUGUAUUUAAAAACAAGUUAGACAGUGGAUAGAGGCUUAAAGGUCAUAAAAGUGACUGGUAUGUG